AUCGCUAGGUUUUUAAAUAGAAAGUCAAUACAAGGAGUUGAAUAUAAAGAGGCAAUUGUCCUCUUCGUUUAUCAAUUCAAAGGAGGAUAGAAUAUGAAAGUAUACGUUAUAGUCUUCAUAGUCUUCGCUUCUAUGGCUUUCACGGCUUGUAAUUUAUACUGCUGCUUAUGCGCCGGCCGAGGUAGGAUUAAGAAGCCAAAAGGAUCUGACGUAAAAAUAGGUACAAAGAAGAAGAGCGCCACUAGCUAUUACGGCGGCACAAAAGACGGGAAUAUGGUUGUUUUGGCCGGGGCUGGUGCUGCAGUAGCCGGCACUGCGGCUGCUGCAGCUGUGGCAAGUAGCAGGACUGAAGAUAAACGGAAGGGUAAUAGCAAUAUUAGUGGUGGUUGUGGAGCGGCAGUUGGAGGUGGUGGUACGGAUAAUUCUGGUGCGAACCACGGUUGUUGUUGUGGUGGCGGUGGUGUCAACGGCGGUGGUUGCGGCGGCGGUUGUGGUGGAUGUGGAGGUUAGUGUUGAUUUGGACACUAGCCACCCAUCUAGUUAGCAUGGCUUUUAAUUUUCCUCUUCUUGUUGUUUUCUUUCCUUUUUCGUUUCUUCUUAUCCUUUUUGUUGUUUUAAAUUUUUUUAUUUGUAUGUUGUUUCGAAUUGGGAAUGGACUUCCAAAAGGUGUGUAAAUGAAAUUAUGAAUGAUUGCAUGUA